AUGGCAAGACGUUUUCUGUGCUCUUCUGGGGAUGGACUGAACCAGUGGCAGAAGUCUCCAGCUAUCACCAACCAGCAAAACAAGAGCCUCUAUCUGCACAAGCCUUUCCCCUCAAACUUCCUCUGGGGAGUGGGGACAUCUGCCUAUCAGACGGAGGGCUCCUGGGACCAAGGAGGGAAGGGCCCGUCCAUCUGGGACCACUUAACCCACAAGAGGGGAGCCAGCGCGGGGACAGCAGAUACCGCCAGUGACAGCUACACACGAUGGGAAGAGGACGUGAAGGCGGUCAAGUACUUGGGUACCCAAACGUACCUCUUCUCCCUCUCUUGGCCACGGAUCUUUCCCAACGGCGUCGGCGGAGACCCCAACUCUGAGGGGGUGGCCCACUACCAGCGUCUGAUCUGCAGGCUCCGAGCUGAGGGCAUCACGCCAGUGGUGACCCUCUACCACUGGGACCUGCCACUGGCCCUGCAGGAGUCUUACGGGGGCUGGAGGAAUGAGAGCACCGUGGAGGCUUUCGUGGAGUAUGCCACCUUCUGCUUCCGGACGUUUGGAGGCUCGGUGAAGUACUGGCUCACCAUGCAUAACCCCUACCUGAUUGCGGUGCAAGGCUACGGCACUGGGGUUCAUGCGCCAGGGGAAAGCCAUGACCCGGCUACCACCUUUAUUGUUGGUCACAACCUCAUUAGGGCUCACGCCAAAGUUUGGCAUGUGUACAACACCCAUUUCCGCCCACACCAAAAUGGCCAGGUUUCUUUAACACUGGGAUCCCACUGGAUAGAGCCGUUCAGAGGAGAGUCGACACCUGCCAAUGUCCAACUCUGCCAGAAAUCCAUGGAGGCAGUAAUUGGUUGGUUCGCAGGUCCAAUACAUGGCACUGGCGACUACCCAGCCUCCUUGAAAGACUCCAACCGAGGACUCAUCCCUGAGUUCUCCCCAGAGGAGAGAGCCUUUGUCCAGGGCACGGCCGAUUUCCUCUCCCUGGCUUUCGGGCCGGACACUCUCCGCAUGGGUCAGCGCCUGCCUCUGUUUGGACAGGUGUUGUCCAUGGAUCUGAGGAAGGUGCUUGGCUGGAUUCGGCUGGAGUAUGACAACCCCGCGGUGCUUGUGGCUGAGAGUGGCUGGUUCACUGAUGCAUCGGUCAAGGAGGAGGACACUCUGGCCAUAUAUCUCAUGAGGAGAUUGUUGGGCCAGGUGCUUGAAGCUGUGACGUAUGACAACGCGCAGGUCUUUGGAUACACUGCUUGGUCUCUGGUGGAUGGAUUUGAGUGGAAUUUCGGGUACACAGUGAGGAGGGGUUUAUUCUAUGUGGAUCUCAAUGGUGCGGACCUGAGCAGAGUCCCCAAAACCUCUGCAAAGUUCUACAAGCAAGUGGUUCUGAACAACGGCUUCUCUGACUCCGAGAGCUCUGAGAGCAUUCAUGGGGAGUUCCCCUGUGAUUUCCAAUGGGGAGUGGCAGACCCUGUGCUACAUAUUCGUCUCCACCCGUACUCCGCUCAGUUCAUUGACCCCAACCUCUACCGCUGGAACUUCUCAGGCGAUGGCAGUCUGCGCCCGGUUUCCGGGGUGACCCUCCGCACGCGCGGCGCUCAGUGCACCGACUUCCUGUCCAUCCGAGGCCACCUGCACCUCCUCGAGACGACCCGCGUCACGCACUACCGCUUCGCCCUGGACUGGUCCGUCCUUCUCCCCGACGGAGACCCCUCGCACGUGGACCGAGAGGCGCUCCUGUACUACCGCUGUUUCCUGACCGAGCUCCACAAGCUGGGAGUCAAAGCGGUGGUCACGCUGUACCACUCCAGCCACAGGUCCCCGACGCUCGGCAUGCCUAAGCCGCUGCAGGCGACCGGAGGCUGGCUGAACCACAGCGCGGUCGAGGCUUUCGAGGCCUACGCCGCCUUCUGCUUCCAAGAGCUGAGCCCUUGGGUCCACACGUGGAUCACCGUCAACGAGCCCAACCGGCUGGCGGAGCUGCACAACGGGAGCGCGGGGGAGCACCUGCGGGCAGCCCGUCAUCUUCUCCUGGCCCACGCCCGCGCCUGGCACGUCUACGACGACCUCUAUCGCCCGCAGCACGGCGCGCAGGUCGCCUUCGUUCUGCACGCCGAUUGGGUGGAGCCGGCCAACCCGUUUCUGGAGGCCCACCGAGCUACCGCUAAGCGCUUCCUAUCGUAUGAGGUCGGACGGUUCCUGGACCCCUUCUUGGCCGAAGGCGGAGGGCAACACCCCGAUGAGGUGCUUGGGGACCUAGAGGACACGGUCCACACCACUGGUCAAGCUGCCCUCUCUCCUUUACUCCACUUUACAGAGGACGAGCAGCAGAAGCUCAGAGGAACCUUAGACUUCAUCGCUCUGAACCACUUCACCACACGCCUCAUCUCUCCUAGAAACUCCCUGCACCAAAACGCCCAGGCCGGACCGAAUCAACACCAUGGUGCCCUCCACGGCUGCUCCUUCUUCAACGACCCCAACUGGCACGUCUCUUAUCUGGGACAGGCCGUGGUGCCUUGGGGCCUUCGGAAGGUCCUCAACUGGGUGAAGGGUCGCUAUGGAGACGCGCGGCCCGUUGUCGUCAUGGCUUCAGGGGUGGAUGACCAGGCAUCUCACAAUGACCAGCUGAGACAAACCUACAUUAGGGAGUACCUGCAAGAGGCCCUGAAAGCUCGAGACCUAGAUGGUGUUGACCUCCGAGGACUUUAUAUCUGGAAUCUCCAGGACCGCCACACCUUCCACUUCGGCCUGUUCGCCCCCACGCAUUACGAGUCGCACCCCAAGGGCUCGGUCCAGGCCUACCAGGAGAUCAUCUCCCGCCGCGGCUUCCCGUCCGGGGACGGGGACGGAGGAACGCAAGAGUCCUGCCAACAGCCGCCUCCUGCCCAGGCCUACAGCAGCUGCUCGGUCUGCAUCAAGAUGUCCGAGAACAAGCCGCUGCUGUUCUUCGGCUUCUGCAUGCUGGUCAGCGCCGCCGUUCUCAGCGGAGUGUUCGUGGGGAUCCUCAGGCGGAGACUCGGCGUGGGGAGGAGACGACGUGCGGCGAGGCCCACGAGCCCCCAGCGACUCACCAAGCAGCACUGGGAGCGAUUUGCCAUGCAGCGCGUGGUGCACAGGCUGUGA